AUGUCGACGGCGGCCGCCGAUGGUGAGCCGGCCACAGUAACCGCGGCCGGUAAUGGCUCGGCGAGCGGACCCCGUGUCUCCUUCAACCGAGACGUCCAUGUGAAGCGUAUCGGCCCCCGUACCGAGCCGACCCGUGUCCAGACCCCGAACGGCGCGGUCCGUAAGGAGCACCCGGAGAACCUCUCGCAGGAAGCGCUCCGCAAGGAGGCCGAGUUUGUGCUCGCCCAGGCCGACCGGAUCGAUCGUCGGGCGCGCUCCAACAGUGCCGGAAGUCCACAGUCCUCGGGUCCAGCGACCGACCUCGGUUCCGAUCGUUUCAACUCGCUUCCAUCGCGCACGAAAUCCCACCCGAAGCGAGUGUCCCGCUCGUCGAGUGACGCCGCGUCGAAGAAGCCACCGGCCACCGGGAAGGGAGGUCUGUUGAAUCUUUUCGGCGGCCGGAAGUCGGCCGCUCCGGCGCAGGAUGAUUCGUUGAGCGCACCACCUCGACCACCACGCCUCGCCACUACGAACCUUGGCCGGAGCAAGAGUGACGUCGGUAGCUCGGCUGGCGCGGUCAGACCACAGACGCAAGGUCGGGCACGGGUACGGGUGCCUCGCAGGGCCACGCAGGAGCUGGGCGAAUUGCGAUCGAUCGGCGGGAAAAAGCAUGAUCCACUGACACCGAUCAUCGAGGCCGCCACACCAUUGGAGAACGGACCGCAGGUCGAUCCACUGACCGUGUUCGUGCAGCGUGCUCGGGCCGUGUCCGAGGAACCGCAGGGUGCAGGGCGCAGGACCCUGGCCAACAACUCCUUCACGCACCACGGCAUGGAAGCCGGCUCGCGGUCCGUGGGGAACUUGCACAGCUCGCAGCUACCGCCGGAGAAGCCGCACCUCACGAAGGGCGUCACGGUCGAGAGUAUCGUGAGGCGGUUGUCCAGCGAGCGGCACUCGUCACCCCCACCGGCCCAGAUCGUCAGCGGGGGCUUCUCCUACACCCGGCACUCCGAGCCCACAACGACGACGACGAUCGGCAGUCGGACCUACACUACCUCCGAGCGGGAAUCGGCCAAGAUGGCAAGACCCUCGACCGGGUUCCUGGAUGCAACGCAACGUCCCAGUCCGCCACUGCCCAAGUACCGGCUGGACGAGGCGGAUCACUCGCCGCGCUCGUUGUUCCGUACCGUGCGCCACACGAACAGCGACGAGGACGAAGGGCUCGGCGGGAUCGACUAUAGCCGCCACGGGCACGCCGCCCCAACGCCGCGCUACAAAUCCUCGGCCUAUCUCAGCACCUCGGGGCCAGCCAUAUCGCCGCCACAGGAGCGUACGUCUCCGAAGACGUUCUCGGACGAGGAUCACCUGAUCACGCCCCACAUCCGCUCGACGCCGGUGUUCGGCGAGCGGGGCAGCUACACGACCAGUAGCUACACGAUGCACUACCGCGGUCAGGCCGACGGCAAGGAGCACCUGCCGGAGUUCCACGAGCUGGCCCAGCGCCGCGAGAUCCUCGAGUCCCGGAUCCGGUCGCGGAUCGGUUCCCGGGAUCUGCUCGAUCGGUUGUCACCGGAACGGCCCGUACCGAUCCAGCUGACCCCGGGCAGCGCUGGGAGCGGCGGAGUACACUACCGGACCACGGUGGAUCGGCUGCUGGAGCGUGAGUCACCCCGCCGGACUCUAUCGCCGACGUUCCGGGAGGUGGACACCCAGAACGGCCUGAGAGUCACGCGAUCGUCGUCCUCGAAGAACUCGCCGACGGCUGGCGGGUAUGUGGAAACCCACGUCACGAAGACGGUCGUCAACCGGGACGGGAAGCCGGUGUCGGAGGAGUACGUCGAGCGGCGCAAGUACCCGGGCGAGGCGGUGGAAGCGGUCAGCACGUCGAGGACGAUCUACGAUCGUGACGGCUCGGCCGGGCGGACCGAGCUUAAGCGCUACAACCGGGUGGUGCCGGAGCAGCAGCAGACCGGAGUCAGGCACGUCACCGACAAGGGUGACUCCGGGAUUGAGAACGACUUCCGGAAGGACUCGUUCAACCAGGAGUUCAUGGUGGGGAACAGGUUUACGCUGACGGAGAACGUUGGCGCCUGCGAGGACUUCCUGCGCAUGGAGCGCACCCACACGAACAGCUGCAUGCGCAAGCCCCGGCGGACGUACGCGUACCGGGAGCGAAGCAUCGACGAUGGAUCGAGGUACGAUCCACGUUUGGAUGACAUUUCAACCAGCCGCAGCUACACCCGCGACUCCGCGAAGCUGAAGACCGAGAAGAAGACGGGCAGUCUGGCCAAGGUGAAGCAGUUCGUCAGCUCGACCCGCAAGAAGUUGACACGACUGGGCACGGACGACAAGCGGGAGCCGGGUUCCGGGUCACGCUCCGGAAGUCUGCGCUCGGACAGUGAUCCGUCGCGCGUUCCGGACAUCGCCACCCGGAGGCGCCUCUCGACGCCCAAGUCCAGCCCGUCGUCCGCCAAGCGGUCCCUUUCGUUCUCCCGGAGCUCCAAAGUGUCGAUGGCCAACAGUGCGACGCCGGACGGGCAGAAACCACCGUCCACGAAACCGGAGUGGUUCAAGUCGUUCGAUCGGCUGUCCCGCAAGAAGCUCCUGUCGAGCUCGAAGACGAACGUGGGGAACGGGGACACGAAGACGCUUCCUUCGCCGGCCAAGCAGACGAAGAGUUUGCGCUUCUUCGGUGACACCGACACCGAGUACGCCGAGCAGCCGUCCUACCGAUCGGCACGGAGUAAUCUUUCGAAAACGGACAAGAAGUAUCGCAGUGCCCACGAUCUGGACGCGGCGCCCAAGAUGCGCGAAGCUGCCCGGAACCGCUCGUCCUCGUUGCACAACCUGGACGAAGAGGAUGAACUGAAUCUGCGGGGCCACUCCAGCACUCUGAUUCGCACGAGAUCGCCAUCGCCGCCACCGUCAACCUCGUACAGCCGGCAGGAGCGGAGUAUGUCCCGGAACCGGACACACCACCGAUCUCGUGAGACGAGCAUCGAUGUGGUGGAUACCGACCGACCGCGAUCCCAGACACCGAUGCGUCACGGCACGGGUCGAAGCCGGACCAGCGAGCACAAGAAGCCCCCGGUGGGGCCACCGAAACCUGCACGCACCUUCGAACGGCGGGACAGUUUGAACAGGGACAUCGAUCGAAUUUUGGACAGCUCGGGAACGGAGGGAGAAUCUAGUCAGCAAAGUCAGCGCAGCGUAGUCUUUCUGCACGCCACUACUGUUGGAGAUAUUCCACAUCCGCAGAUCGCGAACGCCCGCCGGCGGGCGUAUUCCCGCGAGUCCCUCAACCAGUCGGUUGCCUCGUCGAAGAAGGUGCAGCCGAUGACGCGCACCGUGUCCCGCUCCAUCUCGGUGCUGGCGCCCUGGAAGCCGAAGAACAUCCGCGAGGGCUACGAGAUCGACUACCACAAGGAGCAGCAGACGAAACCGAUCUCAACGCUGCCACGCCCGGGGACGCUGAGCCGCUCGAAUCGCGAUCGCCGUCAGUCGGCCCGGGACGACCCGGACUCAGACAAGAGUUCGGCGUUCGAGCAGUCGGCGGGACGCUCCAGCGUCGCCUCGGAGCAACGUAGGUCGAUCGGUGGUGCAUCGGUGGCCACCACACCGUACUCGUCGACCACGUUGCCUAGCUCGCGACGCGUGAAGGACUCGAUCGCCCACUACCCAUCGCGCACCGGCGGCCGCGAUGGCUCAACCCUCAAGUACCGAUAGUCGCGCACUCGACGGAGGCGAAUAUAAAUUGUUUCACUGUUACGGCGUACUGGAGGAUAACGGAAACAUAAAAAAGGAAAAGAAGUUUGAUGUAACCAGUACGACGUAGAGCAGGCCGGUUCCCUCGUGUUCCGCUAUCUUCAACUCCCGCACGGUGCCCCGUUUAACAGCACUUAAGCAAGCAAAGUCUAACUAGAUAUUGGUUUUCGCGCCCCACUUACGACUGACCCCUUAGCGAAGCGUACCCGAUGGAUAUGGAUAAAGUUUUCCUUUCCUUUUUUAUUUUAUUUCGUUCAGGUUUCUAAUAAUCUAAUAAAGACAUAUGUAUAGCG